CUCCUGAGAGAGAAUAAAGGGAGACCAGUGGUUAAGUGACACUGGUGAAUGGUUCGUCGUUUGAAACCUUCUAUCGUAGAGCACUUGCUAUGAUAUACCUACCUGGAGAGGGGGUAUUUACAGUGCGGCGAAGUAUUAGAUUAGCAGAACAUGUAUCUAGAGGGAAGUAGAGGGAACAUGAAAGAACGUGUUUUGACAUGUUGAAAAAAAAAUGAAAAGAUAGAUUAGCAGCUAUACAGGAAGUAGGAAGUCAGAUACAGAGAGGUUUUAGUGUGACAGACAGACUGGAGAUCUACAGCAAAACCCCUCAUACAUGUGUGUGUGCUGUGUGUAUAUAUGUGAGUGUGUGUGUGAGUGUGUGUGUGUGUGUGUGUGUGUGUUGUGAAGUGAGAUACUGAUCUUUUCUAUGAAGGAGGAAUAAUGUCUCUCAAGCUACCUCGGAACUGGGACUUCAGUACCCUCAAAGCUGAAACAUCUAGAAUAGCGCGGUCUAGGAGUGUGAUGCCUGGAGAGGGCAGCCCAGGGUUAGGCUCGCCCGGCUCCACCAGGAGGUCCAUGGAGAGGCCUCUGAAGGCUGGCUGGCUGAAGAAGCAGAGGUCCAUCGUAAAGAACUGGCAGCUGCGCUACUUUGUGCUGAGAGGAAGCACACUGACCUACCAUAAAGACGAAAAGGAGGGGACUGUCCAGGGUGUAAUCCAGCUGAGGUUCAGUAAAGUCAACGAACUCCCACAGAAUCAAGAUGAUCCAGGGAAAUUCCUCUUUGAGAUUAUACCACGCAGCAGUGGUGAUCGGGAGCGGCACCCGUAUGUCCUCAUGGCCAACUCCCACAGUGAGAUGGAGGAGUGGGUCCGCACGCUGCGCAGGGUGGUUGGAGCACCCUCUAGUGGAGCAAUAUUUGGCAAGGGCCUGGGUGAUACGGUAACCUACGAGCAGCGAUUCGGCCCCCACAUGGUGCCCAUCCUGGUGCAAAAGUGUGCAGAGUUCAUCAGAGAACACGGACUAAGCGAGGAAGGCAUCUUCAGACUGCCGGGACAAGACAACACAGUCAAACAGUUUAGGGACGCGUUCAACGCCGGAGAGAGACCUUCCUUCCCAAUUGACACAGAUGUCCACACGGUGGCGUCGCUGCUCAAGCUGUACCUGCGGGAGCUGCCUGAGCCGGUGGUGCCUUGGACACAGUACCAAGACUUCCUGGACUGCAGCCCCAUGCUGGACCCCAACAGUGCUGCAGGUCGUGAGAGACUGGAGAAGCAGAUCAGCCUCCUUCCUAGAGCCAACUACAACCUCCUCAGCUACAUAUGCAGGUUCUUAUUUGAAGUGCAGCAGAACUCCAAGGUGAACAAGAUGAGUGUUGAAAACCUGGCCACGGUCAUUGGGAUCAACCUGCUCAAGCCCCAGAUUGAGGACCCCAUCACCAUGAUGAAAGGUACUCCUCAGAUCCAGAAGCUGAUGACAGUGAUGAUCAGGCAGCACGAGGCUCUGUUCCCGCCGUCUAAAGACGUGGCUCCUUCACCCCCCAUCGAGAAGAGUGACAAGAAGAAGAACAGCGCUCCACGCAGCUUUGUGGGCUGGGAGUCUGCUGAGUGUGAGGGGUCUCUGUCCGAGUCUCCAGAGGAGGAAGAGGACGCAGACACACUGGGGCCAGAUCCAGUGACCAUCUCCAUCCCCGAGGCAGGGCCCCAGCAGCCCCAUGCCCCAUCUUCAUCCUCAGCCUUGGACCCCUGGUCCGGGAGCCCCCGCAAACGCACCCAGACCCUGCCCACCCUGAACUGCCCAGUCCCCGGGAUGGCCGGCAAGCUGGAGGCCAUAAAGUGCUGGAGCCACAUCAAUGAGUGCAGCGAGGAGAAAGGGGAGAAGGGGGAGAAGACUCUCUCAGAGGACAUCUUUAAGAUCCUGGACCUACAGAGGACCUCUCUGUUCGGAGAGGUCCAGAAGAAGGCCGGGGAGGACAGAGGGACGGCCAGGAGAGGAAGUGACAUCACAGUCACCUAUGAUGACAUCACAGUCCCCUAUUCCAAACCCAGCAGGGACCCCCAGCGGAAGUCUCAGCCAGCGACCCCUGAGAAGGAGACAGAGGCCAGAAGAGCUGGGGUUUCAUCUUCAGCCCAGCAACCAGACAGUAAGGUUGAACAGCAGGAGGACAGACGGGGAGACACAGAGCACCUCGUUACCAGCCUGCAGCAGAGGAACAGAGAGCUGAGUGCCACAGUAGCGGAGCUGCAGUCUGCCCUGGAUACAGAGAAGCGCUGUGUGUCUGCUCUGGAGAUCCGGCUGAGGAACGCAGAACGCAGCCGAGACGAGGCCCAAAGACGCAACCAGGAGCUGGACCAGGAGAUACAGCAGUUCCUCUCCAGAGAACCAGGAAGACCAACUUAGAACCACAAAGGGGCCAACCUAGAUCCAGUAGUUCCCCACCAGAGAACCACGAGGGCCAACCUAGAACCCAGAACUGCCUUUACCCUUAAGUUAUCAAAGAGAUCCCUCAAUACAGUAUAUGGAUAUUUAACAUAGAGAUCUAUUAACAAGGGAGAGAGAGGUAGAGAGUCAGUGUUUUGGCCAGAGCUGUAACCCUGGCUGGGACCUGAAAAAUGUUGCUAGCUUGUCAAGUUUGUUUGGUGGGAAAAACCAUGUAUAAACUCUUUAUCUAAAGCAGAUGUUGACUACACUUCACAUUCAUAGACAUACAAUGAGGAUUGCUGCAAAUGUAUGUAAAUGGCCUUUGCUUGGUGUAGCUGAUUUUGGACGUGAUGUGUGUAUUAUCCUAUAAAAUGCUGAUGGUUGCUGACCAUGCAGGGGCUGUUACACUUCUAUUGUUGGAUAACUUACAGCAUGUAAAUGCAAUAGCUAUUGGUGCAUAGUGUCCAGGUUAAGAUCAUGUCCAGGACACUUGGACUAUAAUGUACUGUAUUAGUAUGGAUGCGGAUUCAAUUCAUAGCGCAGCGCGCUGGACAGCCAACAAUACGGCUUUUAAAGGCAUUUUGCCAACUUUCGCGGAGAUCGCAUUCAUGGUAAAACGCUGCGCAUGUCGGCUCAAUUGUUAAGGUCCGAAUCAUGUUUAAAUUUCUUUGAUCAGCAAAUAAAUAAAGAAAAACAGAUUAAGUUGACUGACCAACAA